AUGGCAACUUCAAGACGGCCAGAAAAGCCCUCGGCGGUACCGGCAGACCCCAUUCCAUCCUCUUCACCGGCAUUUGGAACUCCGGUACAUCCCAUCAACCCCCGCAGAACAGCCCCAAUACGCGCCCCGCCCUUGCUCAAACCCGUCGCAAAGUCGACUGUUCUUCCGAUAUUACUCCCUCCGGCGACACUACGGCCGCUUGCCUUCAGGACGUUCACCAAAAAACACAAUCUCACACUCACAUCGUCUGCCCUCCAGGCCCUAGCGACAUUCAUUGGAAAGCACUGCGGUUCGGGAUGGCGAGAGGAAGGCCUAGCGGAGAAAGUCCUAGAGGAAGUGGCCAAGAGCUGGAAGAAAUGCGGCGGCCAGGUCAUUGUGGACGGCGAUAAUGAGACGCUCAAGAGCAUUCUCAAGACAUUCGAAGGGUGCAUGAGCGGCGGGAGAAUAGUCCAAGGCUCGUCGCUAGGACGACAGAGCAGUUUCAACUUUGGCCCAGAGGCAGCCGGCCAGUCACGUCCGUCUAUAGACACGACGUCGAGUUUUGGCAUGUCAAGUCUAGAGGUGGAAGACAAGGAUGAUGAAGAGGAUAUGCUGAAAGACCCCCGAGAAUGGAUCAAAGUCAUUGGCGCUUUUGAGCAGCCAAAGCUAAUAUACAAUGUCAACCAAAAGCACUUUGAAAAGUCUGCCACAAAACCAUCGCUAUUCCCAGAUCCCUCACACAAGACCGAGGUCUUCCGCCAGCGCUACCACAUUGUCCAUCAGCGCAUACUCCGAAAUGAGACGUUCCAAGCACCUUCUUUCAGCACAACUAGAUCAGCUACUCUGAGUCGGACAGGGUCGAUUGCAACGUCGCAAAUGAACACGAUUACACCCAUUGCCAAUCUGCUUGGCCGGAGCGGAAGCACCCACCUGUUACUCGGCAUGCUCACCGUCUCGGCGACCGGUGCGCUCUCACUCUCCGACCUAACCGGAACAAUUGCGCUUGACAUUGAGCACGCGCGACCGAUCCCUGAAAAGGGCGCGUACUUUGCACCAGGCAUGAUUGUACUAGUCGAAGGCAGCUACGAAGAAGAUUCUGGAGUGAGCUCUUCUCUAGGAGGCAGUGGUGGUAUUGGCGGCACGAUUGGCGGAAAGUUCCUUGGUUUCUCAGUCGGCCACCCGCCUUGUGAACGGCGAACAGCGACACUAGGCGGCGCCGAAGAAAUCGACAAGAACAGUCUGGCUGGCCCGGCAUUCGGCUGGACAGAUUUCCUGGGCGUCGGCUCACAGCGUGGAACCGGUGCUCGCAUGAACAAGAUUGCGUCAAAACUCCUCGAUCCAGACCGACCACACAACAUCGUCAUAGCAUCAGAUCUCCAUCUGGACGUCCCCUCAACGCUGUCUGCCCUCCGCACUCUUCUACGCACAUACACACCUGACCCGACAGACGCUCACCCCGUGUACCCGCUCGCCAUCAUCCUGAUGGGGAACUUCAGCUCGAAAGCCAGUCUCGCGGGGGUCCCAGGUACAGGAAGCAUAGAAUACAAGGAGCAUUUCGACGCGCUAGCCUCCGUCCUCGCCGACUUCCAGCCCCUCAUCGCACACACAACUCUCGUCCUCGUCCCCGGCGACAACGACGCCUGGCCCAGCGCCUUCUCCGCCGGCGCCGCCACUCCCUUACCGCGCAAACCCGUGCCCCCCAUGUUCACCAGCCGCAUCCGCAAAGUCGUCGCCGAAGCGAACCGCGAGAUCUGGGGCCCGGGAAGAGCAAAAGGCACCGAAGGCGACGUCCUCUGGACUUCGAAUCCCACUCGCCUCACCUGGUUCGGCGUAAAAGGUGAAAUGGCCAUCCUGCGCGACGACGUGCUGGGCCGUCUGCAGAGAAACUCGAUUCGAUUCAACAAGCCGCCCGCUGACGCCGAUGGUGACGACGACGAGGAACUGCCGUUUUCACACAGCCAGCAUGCGCGCGACUUGCAGGCUCAGGAUGCCAUGGAUCUCGAUCUCAACCAACCCCCAGCUCGAAAGCAAAAACAAAAACAACACCAACAACAACAACCAGACGUCGAUUUCGACACGCAAACCGCCCGCACACUUACCCGCACCAUUCUCUCUCAAUCCCAUCUCAGUCCCUACCCGCUUGCCGCGCGCCCGCUGCACUGGGACUUUGCACACACCCUGAAUUUGUAUCCGCUGCCUACCAGCGUCGUGCUGGCGGAUUCAGAGGCUCCGCCCUUCGUCGUCAAGUAUUUCGGCUGUACAGUCAUGAAUCCGGGGGCUAUUGAUGAGAGUGGUGGGCGCGGCCGCAGGGAGGGCCGAGCCAGGUGGGUUGAAUUUGAUGUUAGGACUUUGGCUGGGGUUCUACGGUCGGAGGGUUAA